AUGACAUACUGUGGAGCUGCUUACAUUGUCAGUAUUUGCAGGAGUCAGGUGAAGGAGACGCAGCAGCAGUUCUUCCACAGUUUGGCCGUGAGGCAGAGUCUGCCCCUGCACUUCAACAUCCAACAGGACUGUGGACACUUCCUGGCUGAUGUCCCGGGACGCCUGCUGCCCUGGGAGGAGGCGGAAGAAGAGGAGCAAGAAGAUGAGGAGGAAGAAGAAGAGGAGGAGGAGAAAAAGGAGGGACUGAAAGACAAAGGAAGUGAAGAGGCCCAAACCACAGACUCUAAAGAGGAUGGUGAUGUGGCGGCGCCUUGUGGCCUGAGCGGGGGGUCUUUGAAGAGCCGGGUGGUGGUCAUCACUCGGGAGGUUCCGUUCCAAACCGUGGCAGACUUUGUGCAGGAGGGCGUGUCCCGCCACACGCUGAACCCAGAGCUGUACGAACGACAGGUGUGUCUCCUGCUGCUGCAGCUGUGCUCCGGACUCCAACACAUGAAGCCGUUCCACGUGACGCACUGUGACCUGCGGCUGGAGAACCUGCUGCUCGUGCACAGUCCGUCCUCAGGGGCCCAGGACCAGGAGGCCCCUGAGCCCAACAACAACACGCCCUCGGGCUGCCCCGCCCGCCUCAUCAUCAGUAACUUCUCUCAGGCCAAACAGAAGUCGUCUCUGAUGGUCGACCCUGCGGUUCUCAGGGACCAGUCGCGUCUGGCGCCGGAGAUCAUCACAGCGACUCAGUACAGGAAGUGCGACGAGUUCCAGACCGGCAUCCUGAUCUACGAGAUGCUGCACCGGCCCAACCCGUUCGAAGAGCAUCCGGAGCUGAAGGAGCGCGAGUACACGUGGGCCGACCUUCCCCCGCUGCCCGUGCGCUCGCUCUACUCGCAGGGCCUUCAGCGCCUCGCCCGCCUGCUGCUCACCGUCAACCCCAGCGAGAGGAUCCGCAUGUGGGACGCCCGCGCCUGCUUGCAGUGCCUGCUGUGGGGGCCGCGGGAGGACCUGUUCGCCGCUCUGGGCUGCAGUACCACCUCCGGCCUCAUGGGGGCCUCGCACUGUGACGCCACGCUGCAGAACUGGCUGGACCUGAAGCGGACUCUGAUGAUGAUCAAGUUUGCGGAGCGCUCCAUGGACUCGGGCGGCGGCGUGGCCCUGGAGGACUGGCUCUGCUGUCAGUAUCUGGCCUUCGCCUCCACUGAGUCUCUGAGCCGCGUGGUGCACAUCCUGCAGCAGCCACAGGGGGGCGCUCACAGCAGCACUCAGCACCUGCACAUGAGCCCCGCCCAGCUCUGA